UCACAUUUACCUCAAAAACUACAUUACCCGUCAUGCACCACAAUGACGUAUGAAAGAGACUUGACUUCAAGAUGGUGCUGGAAAGUACUAUGGUUUGUGUGGACAACAGUGAAUACAUGCGCAAUGGAGAUUUUCUGCCCACUAGGCUGCAAGCUCAGCAGGAUGCAGUUAAUAUCGUUUGUCACUCCAAGACUCGCAGCAACCCCGAAAACAACGUCGGCCUCAUCACCAUGGCAAACAACUGUGAAGUACUGACGACACUGACUCCAGACACAGGAAGGAUACUUUCAAAACUGCAUGCUGUGCAGCCUCGUGGAAACAUCAGCUUCUGUACUGGCAUCAGGGUAGCACAUUUAGCAUUGAAGCACAGACAGGGCAAAAACCACAAGAUGCGUAUCAUUGCCUUCGUUGGCAGCCCGGUGGAGGACAACGAGAAAGAGCUGGUCAAAAUGGCAAAACGCCUGAAGAAAGAAAAAGUGAACGUGGAUAUCAUCAACUUUGGAGAAGAGGAAAUGAACACCGAGAAGCUGACGGUCUUCAUCAACACGCUGAACGGGAAAGAGGGCAGCGGCUCCCAUCUGGUCACGGUGCCUCCGGGACCCAGUCUGGCGGAUGCUUUGCUAUCCUCACCCAUCCUCGCCGGAGAAGGCGGUGCCGCGUUGGGUUUGGGUGCCAGUGACUUUGAGUUUGGAGUGGAUCCCAGUGCAGACCCAGAGUUGGCCCUGGCUCUCAGGGUGUCGAUGGAGGAGCAAAGACAAAGACAAGAGGAUGAAGCCCGUAGAGCCACUGUGGCAUCCGCUGCUGAAGCUGGCAUUCCCUCCCCCGUUGAUGAGUCCGAUGACGCCUUGUUAAAGAUGUCAGUUCCAAGUACAGAAUCUGCAGUACCCGCGUUGCCAGAUUUCAGCCGCAUGACAGAAGACGAGCAGAUUGCAUAUGCUCUACAGAUGUCCAUGCAAGGAUCAGCAGCAGAGUUUGGUGCUGAAGAUAUGGACACUGGUGCCGACAUGGACUCUGGUGAGACCAAGGAUGAAGAAGACUAUGACGUGAUGCAGGAUCCAGAGUUCCUUCAGAGCGUCCUGGAGAACCUUCCUGGCGUUGACCCGAACAAUGAGGCCAUCCGUAACGCCAUGGGCUCCCUGGCAGCGCAGACUGGGCCUAAACCCGAUUCCAAGAAAGAUGAGGAGAAAAAGAAAUGAUAACGCAGAUCAAGGGAGGAAUUUGUGAUAGGCUCAGUUAACACCACCGUGAUCAUGUUUCGCUUUUGUUCGACCAUCUUCGUGUUGCUGUCUCAAUAUUACCUUUUACCUUAAGGUUCUAUUAUUUCUUCCCCCUAUUUUUUCCCCCAGAUUCCAAACAAAUUUGUUUGUUUGAAUCUUUUGUGAAUACAUCAUCUCAAUUCAAAUGUUGAAUAAAUUUACACAAUCCUAAAUGGCA